CAUGAAGGUAACUUCCCAAUAUCUAUUCAAAUCACUUUUGUCGUCUGCUAAAACUUUAAAAAUUUUACGAAUUAACGAUUGUAAAUUAAAAGUUGAUGGUAGUAAUAGAUUGAAAAAAUUAUUGGAAAAAUGCCAAAGUUUAUGCGUUUUCACUUUGAACAAUAAUAAUUCAAUUAAGGAAGAAAGAAUGAUGGAAAUAUUUCAAUCUUUACAAUCGUUAUAUUCGAAUACAAUAAGUACUUUGGAUUUUUCGGGUUGUAAUCUUUCAAUCGAUUGCGUAAAAGGUUUUUGGCAACUUUUUAAAAGUUUAACAAACCCUCAAUCUAUAAUUCUUAGCGGAAACGGAAAUGUUGGUAACAAUUUACAUAUCUUCUUCGAAGAUAUUCAACCAAAUCAAUACAAACUACAAUAUUUGAAUAUUUCAAAAUGUUCUAUGAGAAAUUAUUUUAUAGCUGAUAACGUUACGCAAUAUAAAAAAUUUCAAAUAUUUCUUAUGGAGAAAUUUUGCUUGAAUGAUUUAAAUUUUAUGAAUACUUUCUAUACAAUUCAUUUUGAGAAUUGUUCAGAUUUGAACAAAUUCAGUCAUAAUGCUAACUUAUUCACCAGUUUUACAAGACUUUAUGACGAAAAUGACAGUGAUUUUUUGCAGAAACUGAUAUUGUCUUCUUCGACAAUUCAAUCAUUGAAGUUUAACUCCUGCAAUAUAGACGAAAGAUAUGGUAAUAGUUUGGCUGAUGUUUUGGAAAAAUGCCCAAAUUUAAGGGAAAUUGACAUUGGUAAUAACAAAAAUAUUGGUAAUAGUUUGGGAAAAAUUUUUCAAUCUUUAGAAACAUCUUCGCAUAAUUUGAAAAUUCUCAAUUUGUAUAAUUGCCCUAUUAUCACUAUAGAGGAAUUGUCAAAAUUAAGCGAACUUUUGGCAAAUUGCCACUUUCUCGAAGAUAUUAGUCUAACUUUUCACUUGAUGGAGAACGAAAACGAAGAAUUAAUUGAGGAAGAUCAAAAACUAUUAUCAAUGAUUUUUGAACACUUGAAAAGCUGUUCGGAAAAUCUAACGAUAUUUCAUUUGUCAGGUUCGAUUUCUCAAUUACAAAUAGACGCUAUUGCAAGCUUUCUAAUGGAAUGUAAACAUUUAAAAACAUUAACUUUAGAAGUUGAAAAAGAGAUUAAAUUUAUGAUUGAAAAUAAGAUUGUUGAAAAAGUUUCAACAAAGAAUUUCUACGACUUGAAAUUUUUACCUUGGAUUCACAAGGCAAACACCAAUAUGUUUUCUUCAGUUAAAACGGAAAAACCCGAAUUUAAUAUGGAUCCUAAUUUAAAUAAAAAUAGAACUUGUAGAAAACUGGUAGAACUGGUACGAAAAAGACAUUUGAAAUAUUUAAAUUCUUUAAAAUAUCUACCAAACAUAGCAAACUGUGAAGAUAUUGUAAGGAAUGUUGAUUGUAAAAAGUUUUUUGAUAAAUUAUAUAUGCAAAUGAAUUUAUUUCAAAUGAAACCUUACGAUAAACGGCAAAAAGACGUUGAAUAUUUAACAUCCAACUUUAAAUAUACCUUAGAUAAUUGUAUUGUUGGAUCAGCUCAAAUUGGUAAAACCCAACUUCUUAAUAGACUACUCUAUUUAUGGGUAAAUAAGAAAAUUUUACAAAAUUAUCUACUAUUAAGACUGUCACAUGACGAACCAUUAAUACCAUCAUCAUCACUAUCUUUGAUAUAG